AUGAAGACUUCCCAAGUUCUCGGUCUCCUUGCAGCUCUCUCCCACUCAGCCUUCAGCCUCUACAAAUCGGGAACCUACCAAAUCGGCUCCGCCGCCCUUAGUUCCUCUCUGGUCCUUUCCAGGACUAUGGACAAGGAGUCUGAUUCCAUCCUUUUCGAAGACAACGCCCACGACGACAACACCCAGGUCUGGAACGCCACCGCAAGCAAUGAGUUGCCAGAAUACUUUUAUAUCUACGACCUUUCUAACAGGUUUAUCAACUGUGGUACUGAGGAAGGAACGACUUGCUUUCUGAGCCAUGAUUCUCAGUUCUACAGGCCCGAGCUUGUUGGUGACAACAAGUAUGAGCUCGUUGAGCAGGAAUCUGGUUACUUUUUGCGUGUCAAUGAGGAUCGUCAGCUGCAACUUGCCAAGUGGGAUCAGAGUCCGAAUGAGCAGUUCGUUUUUGUUGAGAUCCAGGAAUAG